AUGUCCUCAUCUCCAGGAGGCUGCACAUACUGGCUCUGCAAGCCAGCGACCUGCGGCCACCCAUGCAUCUUCAACACCCCAUUCAUCCCCGACGAAGAACAAGAAUCCGAAGCAGACCCAGAAGCCCAGUACAGCGAUGAUGAUGAAAUGCCAGACGUCUGGAAUCAGAUGAUCAACGAUCCCGACCCAAUCCGCCACGGAGACGACUACGAGCCACCCCUUCCAAUAAUCCUAGACGAAAUAGAGGGUUGCAACCAAGUCAUCAACACUCUUGAACUUCGAGACAUGAUCCUCAAAUACCUUUCCCCCGCAAACAUCUACGAGUUAAAACGAGUAAAUGGUUCAUGGAGAACAGCCAUUGAAGCGCGAAAUUUCAAAAAAGCAUUAUAUCGCAAACCAGACCUCAGAGAUGUUGAAAUCCCUCCAGUACCCGAACUCUUCGCUGUCCCAGAGACUCCGAGAUUUUAUAACGAUGCUGUUUUUCAGUUGGGAGAUACUGGGACAUGGGAACUACCGCUUUUUUUCCUGUAUGAUCCUUUACUGAUGGAGGAGGAUCAUGCGUUGUAUACUUCGUAUAUUACACAACCUCCUAGCACGAGUGUGACGUUUCGGAUUGUGGUUGAAUGGGCUAGUUUUGAUCCGAGAGGGAAUCGGGAGUGGGUUCAAGAAGCGAAAUCGGAAUUUGAAAUUUCUAAUGCCAGGGGUGUGAGAGUUGGGAAUCUUGUGAAGAGGUGUAUGAGGUUUGCUGAUCGGUGGGUUAUGCCGAUAGGGGCUGUUAGGGAAGUUGAUGUGGAUAGGUCGAGGAUUUUGGUGGAUGAUUCGGUUGUUCCUGAUGAUGCUGUUGUUCCUGAGUGGAUUUUGGGGUGGAGGCAGAGGUCUAGGAAUGCUUUUGAGGGGCGACAUCAAUUUGAUGAUGGGGAUGAUGAGAUUUAUGAUGAAGAGGAGGAUGAUGAUCGUAUGGAGGAGUGA